CUGAAACGAAAUAAAUAACCAAUUGGUGGCAAGAAUUUACACACGAAAUAAAUGAAACUUGAACAUUGAUCAUUCUUCACAAAGAUAAAAUUACUUUCUGUGAAUAUUUAGUUGUUUGUUUUGUUGUUGCUGUUAUUUAGUAAAAUGUCGUCUACACCAGACAGUCUAACUAACCGUUGUGGUUUAUCAAAUGAAUCAAAUAAUCUAUCCGGCCGACAAUCAAUGUACAAUGGAAUGAAAGAUGAUGAAACAUUGAACAGUUCAAAAUGUCAAGAGGAAUUAUUAUCUAUACAUAAACUACCACUUUAUGAAAGACAAAGGCAAAAAUCUGAUAAUGGUCAAACUUUGAACACAAAAUUGAAAAGAAAUGAUGCAGAGAAAGAAAGUCUCAAUACACCAUCAGAUACGCAUAGAUCUUCGAUGACACAUAGAGAUAAAAUAUCUACAGACAGAACAACAACAUCAACAAUAACACGAACGGAUCUAGAUUGCAAGGAAGGUUUUGAUCCCCAGUGUAAUUUGACUUUUGAUCAAGAUACUGCAGAACAAACAACGUAUACAAAAGAUUUUGGAUACAAAGAAGCUCCCACUAUGAUAGCGCUUCGACCAAAGUCAACAAGACACGCAUUUGCAGCACCAACAUAUACAUCGUUGAGUACUCCAAACACCUAUAGAUCGAAUACUUGUCUAGAGAUCGUCAAAUCGAUUGAUGGACCACAUCAAAGUGUAUAUUCAUCUGAUUUUAUUGGUUGUUGGACACCACAACCGAUGGCAUCAAUAAGAACAGCUACAUCGAGUGGAACAAGAGCGAAUAAACCUCAUCCAAGAAAAGAUUUCCUUACAUAUCGAAAUGAUGAAAGCUAUUUGUCAUCAUUUAGCAAACUGAAUUCUUCAAAUUCUACAGUUUGUGAAUCACCAACACCAAGUAAUGAUAAAAAACAUUUCUCACCACAUCGACAUACAGAAACAGAUUUAAUUCAAACACUUGUAUACAAUCGAUCGAAGAUUGGACAACAUUUAACCACUGAACAAGAGGACUUUUUAAAUCGUUUACGCCUACAAAGUACAUAUCAGAAGGAUUUCAGAGGGCUGAGUUAUCCUUAUUGUCAAGCAUACCAGAAGGAGGAACAAGCCGAAGGCAACAGUAAUGCUAACAUUCUGUCACCAUCUUUGACACCGUCCAAUUAUUCUCAAUUUAAAUUAAGAACACCAAUUCAUCCACUAUCUAUAACGCAUUUACACUUUAAUAAACCUACAUGGAAAUUUAGAAAUAAUACAAGUACACAAGAGGAUGGGGAAGAAUUUGUGAAUGGUGUGCUAAGACUGACAGUUCCAUGUACACGUUAUGGUUCAAACGUAAACCGUAAUCGAGUUGCAAAAGGAACAAGUGAGUAGAUUUAUUUCUAAUGAAUAAAACUCUAAUCAUUCAGUGUUUAUCUUCAAAACCCGCCCUUCUUUUUGUUCUGUUUACCUGGACUGUGGAGUAAAAUACUUUCCUACUGUCAUAACAACGGCUUAAUACUCCGUGGAAUAGUGCACUCAUCGAUGUUGUCCAGCAAAGUAUAAAUGUACAGAUUUCAUGUUAAAUAUUACGCCAUAUAUGUGAACAAUUUUAACAAAUGUAACACCAGAAUAUGCGCGGAUGAUUUUUUUCUCCUUUCACUGUAUUUUAAAUAAAAUGAAGUUACUGAAUUUUA